AUGACGGACGGGGGAGGCACUGGAGGUGGUGACAGCACUAGUGAUAACUCGAGGACGCUGCCGGUAACAUCACCCCCUUCGCCAGCAGCACACCGACAGGACAGUGCUCCUCGUCUUCCCGAUAUCCGAUUCAGCAUCCCACGACGAGCAGGAGAUAUGGACGAAAGGACCGGUCUCCUGGACGCCAGCAACCACCACCACCAGCGCGGCUACAGCACCAACCCGGCCUCUCCUAGGCCAGAUGCCUUCUUCAGGCAUAACAGCAAUGUUGGUAGUCUACGCAUGUCCAAGAGCCAUAGUCGAGCAAACUCUCAGGCAGUCAGGUUUGCUCCAAACAGGACGGCCGAGUUUAUAACCUCCGAGCCCGAUCAUGAAUCGACGGCAAAUAAUUCCCCAUACUCGGACGACAGGGUCUGGUACGACCAGUUCACGUCUACAGAUUGGGUUCACGAUACUAUUGCAGAUGGAAUACGACUGCGAGAGCUCCGGAGUCGACGUGACAUUCGUGGACGGCUGUUGGCAUGGUUCGAUGGCGCUCAGGGCUGGGUCCUGGUUGCUAUCAUCGGCAUUCUUACCGCCUGCACAGCUUACUUUGUCGACGUUACCGAGAUCGUCAUCUACGACUUGAAAGAAGGCUUCUGCAGCAACAAUUGGUUCAUGAGCAAGAAACACUGCUGUCCCUCAGAGGGUGCAUGCAUGGCAUGGCGUUCGUGGUCUGAAAUAUUAAAGUCUUCCACCGUUGACAGCAUGUGGAUCGACUUUGCUGCCUUUGUUUUCUGGGCCGUGCUGCUCGCAGCUGCAUCCUGCUCUCUCACGCUGCUUACCAAAACAGUAGUUCCGUCAUCGAUUUCCCUCACUACGCUAGACGAGGACUUUGGUGCCGUAGCUAGUGGAUCGUCCGAUGAUCCCGCACGUCCUAGGAAGACAAAUCUCGAUGUUCGACCCACCCAGGAUACUGUUCCGCCACCCAUGGUAUAUUACUCGGCCGCAGGAAGUGGUGUCGCCGAGGUGAAGGUCAUCCUCAGCGGCUUUAUCCUGCACGGAUACCUGGGCUUUAAGACGCUUGUAGUCAAGACUCUGGCAUUAGUGCUAAGUGUUGCAUCGGGCUUAAGUGUCGGAAAAGAAGGACCCUAUGUUCAUAUCGCCACUGCUAUUGGUAACAUUAGUUGCCGAUUAUUCUCCAAGUAUCAUUACAAUGACGGGAAGAGGCGUGAGGUAUUGAGUGCUAGUGCGGCCAGUGGUGUUGCUGUUGCGUUUGGAGCUCCCAUCGGAGGCGUCUUAUUCAGUCUGGAGGAAGUCAGCUAUUACUUCCCUCCAAAGACACUAUUCAGAACAUUCUUUUGCUGCAUUGCUGCUGCUCUCUCUCUAAAGUUCCUCAAUCCGUAUCAAACAGGAAAAAUCGUUCUCUUCCAAGUCCGCUAUGUAUCUGAUUGGGAAAUAUUCGAGCUUGCCAUAUUCAUGCUCCUUGGUGUCCUGGGUGGAGCCUUUGGCGCCCUUUUCAUCAAAGCCUCAAAGCACUGGGCCCAGACAUUCCGUCGCAUCCCUGUUAUCAAACAGUGGCCAAUGCUCGAAGUCGUCCUGGUAGCCUUAAUAACUGGCCUACUCAGUUUCUGGAAUCGGUAUACCAAACUCGCGGUGUCGGAACUCCUUUUCGAACUUGCCAGUCCAUGUGAUUAUGAGGGGAAUAACGAGGCUGGAACCGGCCUGUGCCCUACAAGAGAAGGCAUUCCCAGCGUUAUCAAGUACCUCCUAGUAGCGUUCGUCAUCAAAGCGUUCCUCACCACCAUUACCUUUGGCAUCAAGUUACCGGCUGGAAUCUACGUUCCUUCUAUGGUUGUCGGCGGUCUGAUGGGGAGAAUUGUUGGCCACGUUGCACAAUACUUUGUCGUCCAUUACCCGAAUUUCUUCCUCUUCGGACAGUGUCCAAGCACGAGGAUGGCGGAAUCAUGCGUGAACCCUGGUGUCUACGCACUCAUCGCUGCCGGCUCGACAAUGUGUGGUGUUACUCGACUAAGCUUAACACUCGUUGUUAUCCUAUUUGAGCUAACUGGCAGUCUGGACCAUGUCCUUCCAUUCUCUCUAGCGAUAUUAUGCGCUAAAUGGGUUUCGAACGCUGUCGAACCUUUGAGUAUAUAUGAUCUCCUAACCGACAUGAACUCCUACCCGUUCCUCGACAACAAACUACAUCCGAUCUCCAACAUUGAGCUGGGAGAUAUCGUGCCCCGUGUCAGAAGGAACCGAAUCAUCGACAUUUCGAACUCUCCCUUGGUCAGCGCAACUGAGCUACGAGAGAAAUUAGACAUGCUCUUGAUGGCUGGCGAAUUGGACGGUGGACUCCCGAUAUUAAACAAGAAUAUCCUUGUGGGCUUGAUACCUGCCCCGGAACUGGAGUACGCGCUUGACAAAUUAGAAUCCGAGCAAGAUACGAUGUGCUUGAUGUCUAUGCAAUCAUCAUAUCUAGCAGAAGGAGAGAACGACGAAAUGGAUGUGACUGAUUUCACUCAAUAUAUCGACCCGUCGCCUGUUUCACUGGAUAUCCAUUCACCCAUCAACCUGGUCUACCAAUGCUUCGUCAAAUUAGGCCUUCGGUACAUGUGUGUUCUCCGCGACGGCCAAUAUGCAGGCCUCGUACAUAAGAAAUCGUUCGUCAAGUUUAUGAAAGAGACCGAAAAGGCUUCAGCCUCAGUACAUUAA